GAGCCACCUCCAGGGGAGGCGUCAGACGCUUGAACCCGGCUGUCACCUCGUCCCGGCGCCUCAUAAAUGCGGGGCAGCGGUGGCCGCGGCGGCAGCAGCAGCCGGAGCCGGAGGCGGGCACCGCUCGGCAUGGGGGAGCUCGGCAUGGGGGGCUGCGAGUGGGUGCUGCCCGGCAAGCGCCGCUCGCCGCUGCCGCUCUGCGCCCUGCUGCUGCUGCUGCUGCUGGCGGCGGCCGGCGCCGCGGCUCCCGCGCCGUCGGGGGGCGGCUCCGCGCCGCUGGCCAAGAUCUACCCGCGGGGCAGCCACUGGGCCGUGGGGCAUUUAAUGGGGAAAAAGAGCACUGAAGAUUUGCCUUAUGUUUAUGAAGAAGGAAACAAGAAUUCAUUUUCAGCAUUACCUGAAAAUAUCAAGCAGCUAGAAGAUUACCUUCAAUGGGAAGAAACAUUUAAGUACUUGCUAAAGCUGUUAGAAGGGAAUGAAAACAGAAACGCUCAGAUCCUAAGAGAAGAGCUUCCGUGGUACACCAAGAAUACCUGGGAGACAGAUGACAACAGCAGCCCAAAAAAUAUGAUGGAAUAUCUGCUUCAAGUUAAGAAUAUGAAAGAAAACACUCCAAGCUGAAGUGAAGAUCUCCCAAUCUUAAAGGAAUAGAAUAAUUUCCUUAAGAGACUAUGUUUCACAAGCACUUGAUUGUAUCAGAUAAACAACAAGGUUUCCUUUAUGUAAACAAGAUUUCUUUUGUGUAAAAUACCCAAACACUUGUAUUGUAUGGUCCAACACUAAUCUUGCUUUUUAUUUUUUCCCUCCAAAGCUGCAUUUUCUUGUUUAAAAGGCUUUGCUGUCCAGGAAGGGUCUUCCAAUUAUAUAACUUCUCUGUCUAUUCAAGUCAUCUUUUAGGUUAAAACUACAUAACAUUUCAACAUUCCCAAUAAAUAAGAAUAAAAAAGCCAAGUUUAUGCUUUUAAUUAAAAUUACAAACUGGA